AUGAAGGUCAGGGCCGCUGCUGAACUGGCCUCCAUUGAUACGUACAGGGAGAUGAAAACCACCAAAGUUACUCCAGCCCCGAUGCAGACGCAGGUCGAGGGGGGUGCAACACUUUUCGAAAUGCCCUAUUAUGACAAGAAGGCGUAUCUUACGCAGUCGUCGCAAUUAUAUCUAGAGACUGCUCUAGCUGGCCUCGGAAGCGUGUACUGCAUAGGAAAAUCAUUUCGUGCCGAAAAGAGCCUGAAUGUCUUUCCUGCAACUCGCCGUCACCUUUCCGAAUUUACCCACGUCGAGGCCGAGUUGGACUACAUCGACUUCGCCGACCUCCUCGACCAUAUCGGACAAGUUGUCAUCAGUGUUAUUGAUAAAGUCCUUGCCGAGAAGAAAUCCGCCGCACAAAUCCAGCUUCUCAACCCAGGCUUCCACAGACCAUUGCGCCCCUUCCUUCACAUGAGGUAUUCCGAAGCCAUCGAAUGGCCCAAUACUCAGGGCCCCCUCAUCCCCAACGAAGAAGGAAACCGGCAUACAUUCGGCGACGACAUUACCGAAGCUGCAGAAUGCAAAAUGACGGACGCUAUCAACUGCCCAAUCUUCCUUUCUCACUUUUCUGCGGAUGCUGCCGCAGCCUAAGCUGAGCUAUGAUCUUUAGUAUGACAAUGCAUGCAGCAUGCAUAGUACAUAAAUUAAACCACAGUUUGGCACACUAAGUGGUCUUCCAUUUCACUGAUGACAUGCAGGUAAUGCGUCAUAGGCCGAUGAGUUAUAUAGGCAUUUAUGCACGACCCAUGUAAAGACUCGCGCC